AGCAAUUUGAGUGUUUAGUUUUUAAAUUGAAGAACCGUGUGUAGAACGCAAUACUUUUGUGUUCAUUCAAAUUUUUCUGGUAUCAUAUUAGUAAAAUAAUUUUUUUGUCAAAACUAAUUAUUAUUUUUCGAAUUAUUGUAAUUAUCAAGGCUUAUAUGAAUCCUUUCUACAUUAUUUGCAUGGUAUUUUUCGCUUCCUAUUGCAGCACUCAGAUAAAACAAGCGAAACUUUUCCAUUGCUAAAAAGCGAGAAUUUUUGAAAACGAGCAAGACUUUUGGACAGUUUGAUUCCACAACAAUGAAAAAAUUGACUCAUGUAACCAAAACUGCAGAGAAAGUACCUGCCUUUUAGUAACUUGGUCAGGUACUUAAAAAGUAACCGAUUACGACACCUGUACCUAGAACUAAAUCCAAUUUCGCCCUUCCCUUGAGGAAAAUCCUGUCUACGCCCUCGACUGAUUAACUCUUAUAUAUUAGAACAAAUCAAUUUCAGUUUUUCAUUUUACAAACCCAUGUCCUGUAAGAUUCUAUAUAAUACCCGCAGUAUUUUUGGAAAACUGGUGUAAUUUGAUUUUGAUACGUGGCACGUGGCUCCGUCUCUUUGGACAACUGGAGUAAACAUGAAUCCAUUUUUGAUAUCAUGGAUAGUGUUAUUCGUUCCCUACUGCAUUUGUCAAAAUGAAACCUCGAAAAUCGUUUUGAAAUCGAAUAGGGAUUCUGAGCAUAUGAUUCUAUGCGACACGUACAUGCAAACUCACGAAAUAAACUAUUUAUGGACCAUUCACCAAUUCAGUCAACAAGAGGUGUUCAAAACCGAGAUUGUAUCGCCUAUGCUACACGCACUCUCCACUGAUAAAUACGAAUGGUACGUUGAAAUUUGGCCUGAAAGCAUUAAUACAGGAGUCGAUGAACGAGCAAUUUCUCUGAUGGUAUUUAUAUCCAACAGCAGUACUUUUAGAGAUACAGUGUCAGCAAUGAUCAAUGUUUCAAUUGUAAAUGAUAAGAAAGAAGUUCAGUAUUACAAAAACCUUGAGACGGCAGUCCGGUUUACAGCCGGGUCAUCUUACACCUACAGAGGCUGGUGGGACUUUUGCGAAAAAGAUUAUUUUUUCAGAAAUCAUUUACUUCAAAAUGACACAUUACGAUUGUUUAUCCACAUAACGUGGUUAUCUGAAGAAAAAUCGUACGAUGUUGUUCACCACAAUAUUGUUUCUUCGAUCGGUGCUACACCCGAGACCACCACCAUCAAACCUGAUCCCACUGAAAACUCUGAAUCGAUGCUGGAAAAUCUGAAAUUCGCAGACGUCGUAUUUAUAACGAAUGGCAGUAAUUAUCCAGCACAUAAGAAUAUUUUGGCCGCACGUAGUCCGGUUUUCGCUGCCAUGUUUCGACGAAAAUAUUUGAAAAAUGGGAAAUUAAAAAAAAUCCGGAUUAACGUUACUUCCAUAAAUGAAAAAGUACUACGUGCAAUGCUCAGGUACAUUUAUACAGGAAAGUGCGAAGAGUUGGGAAACCUAACAGGCAGAUUAUUUGAAGCUGCUACGAAAUAUGGUUUGGACGAAUUGAGACAAAUUUGCCAGCAAAGUUUCUGUAAAACUUAGUUGACAAAGAAAGGACCAAACAUAGCGAACACUCAAAAACCCCUUCAAAUUCGAACCGAAGCGACACAUACUUGCCAACUCAUGAAAUAAACCAUAUUUGGGCUAUUCAUCAGUUCCGAUUCCACGAAAACCUUGAGGCUGAUAAGAUUUACUCGCCCUACUUACACGCACCCACAACUGAUAGAUAUGAAUGGAAUAUGAAGAUAUACCCUAAUGGCCAAGAUAAUAACAAUGAUACGAUUUCUGUGUAUGUAUGUAUAAGCAACCACAGUGCAGUUGAAGAGGCAACUGCAGAGGCUAAUAUUUCAAUCAUAAAUAAUAAAAAAGAAGUAUUACUUCACGAAUAUUUGAUACCAAAAAAAUAUGCACGCCGUGCAGGCGUAUUAAACACACAGUAUUGGCGGUGUUGGGGUAGAAAAAACUUUUGCAAGAAAGAUGAUUAUUUUAGGAAUCAUUUACUCCAAAACGACACGUUAACAUUCUCAGUCCACAUAAAAUGGGUAUCUGAAUCACCAAAUGAGGAUAUUCAACGUAAUGUUUCUUCGACCACUGCUACACCCGAGACCACCUCCGUCAAAUAUAAUCUGACUGAAAACUUGGAAUCGAUGCUCGAAAACCCGAAAUUCGCAAACGUCGUUUUUAUAACGAAUGGAAACAGUUAUCCAGCCCAUAAAAAUAUUUUGGCCGCACGAAGUUCAAUUUUCGAUGCCAUGUUUCAACGAAAAGAUUCGAAAAAUGCAAAAUCGAAAAAAAUUCGAAUAAACGUUACUCCGAUGAACGAAAAAGUAUUACGAGCGAUGCUACGAUACAUUUAUACAGGACAGUGCGAACCGUCGUCGUUGGGAAAACUAACAGACAGAUUAUUUGAAGCUGCUACCAAAUAUGGUGUCUAUGGAUUGAAAGAAACUUGCGAACAAACACAUAAUAAAACUAUACUACAAAUAGGUUAAAAAUACAUCCAUCAACCUAUUUCAUGAAAAACAAACAACCUGAGCAAUAAACUAAGAAUUUUAGUGUACAUACUAGAAAAAUUUUCAUUUUGAAAACGUAAUGAAAAAAUGUUAUUGAAAUAAGAUACCAAUUAAUGUCAUGUUUACGACCUUCAAAUCCGAAAUAAAAGUGUUGAUAAAAAA